CUUUCAUCGUUACAGUUCGAUUCCUACAGUCGAUGUUUCCCCUUUAUAAUAAUUUUUCCAACAAUGAUAAACUUUAUCAAGUGUCUCAUUAUUCUUGUGAUUUGCGUUAAAAUACGAAAUGUUCAGAGUACGGAAUCUGAACUGAACGCGUUGGCUUUAAAAAAUCUUAAAGAGUAUCUUCAAAUUCCGUCAGUACAACCUAAUGUGAAUUACGGUCCUUGUGUAAAUUUUCUGAAAAAACAAGCCGACUCUUUAGAUCUGCCUGUCAAAGUUGUGGAAUUGCAUCCUAAGAAACCAAUUGUCAUUAUAACAUGGGAAGGAACAGAACCAGAAAAACCCUCCAUUUUAUUGAAUGGACAUAUGGAUGUCGUGCCAGUAUUUCCCGAGGAGUGGACAUAUCCACCUUUCGGAGCGGAAAUGGACGAGAAGGGAAAUAUUUAUGCUCGUGGCUCGCAGGACAUGAAAGGUCACAGCAUCCAGCAAAUUGAAGCGAUUCGAAGAUUGAAACUCAAAGGUAUUCGUCUAAAAAGGACGAUUCAUCUCUCGUUUGUGCCGGACGAAGAGAUUGGCGGUCUGACUGGUAUGAAGACAUUUAUUUUCUCCACGGAAUUCAAAUCGUUGAAUGUUGGCUUUGCAAUGGAUGAAGGCGAUUUUUCCACUGAAAACAAAUUCCUCGUGAGUUAUGGGGAAAAAUCUUGGUUUCAAAUAUGGAUUAACUGCCAAGGUGAUCCGGGCCACGGUUCCUCGCUUCUGAAUAACACCGCGUCUGAAAAAUUGAGAUUCAUCAUCGAUCGCUUCAUGGAUUUCAGAGCUUCCGAAAAGGCGAAAUUGCAGGAUCCGAAUGUGAAAGCCGGAAAUGUGACUUCAAUUAAUUUAACUAUGAUGAAAGGAGGCACUCAAAUAAACGUGGUGGCUAAUGAAUUGUCGGUUGCUUUCGACAUUCGACUUCCACCUCAAGUGAAUCAUGAAGAAUUUGAAAAUAUGAUCAACGAUUGGUGCAAGGAGGCUGGGGAUGGGGUGUACUACACUAUUAUAAAUAAGGACCCACCUAUCGAAAAUACUAAAAUUGACGACAGUAAUAUUUACUGGGUUGCUUUUAAGAACGCUACUGAUCACUUGGGCAUGGAAGUGGAACCUUUCAUAAUGACUGGAGUUACCGAUGCUCGAUUUUUACGACUUGUUGGAAUUCCAGCCCUUGGAUUUGUUACAAUACACAAUACUCCCCAUCUUGCCCAUGCGAGUAACGAAUAUUUAAAUAAAGAUAUUUUUCUACAAGGAAUAGAUAUUUUUAUGAAAAUCAUUCCUGCUGUAGCAUCUGCAUGAAAGCAUGAAGAUGACAUUGGAUUUUAUAAAUACAGUCAUUCGGACAAGUGGUUUUUUAAUAUAAAAAUUAUUCCAACGUUUCGAAAUCAAUACGAUUUCCUCUUCAGGAAAUUCUAAAUUUUAUUACGUGAACGUAAUAGAGGCGUAUGAAUUACUAAAUAAUAAAAAUCAAUGAAAAAAAGGAUAAAAAUUGUGAAUAAAUUACAAGCUCAUUAUUACUACCCAAUGUAUGUGAAAUAAUUACUUUUUUGCACUUGUAGUAGUAAAUUUUCAAUUUGACCUAAAUUAUAUCAGAAAAAAAUAUUUCAAAUAGGAUGUCAUAUUUAUAAAUUAUAAUAAAAAUUGUAACAUCGAGAAAUAUUUUUUUUUUAUUAAACAAUAAUUAAAAUCCUAUCUGAUUGUUUUCAUAAGAAUGUAGUUGAAAUAACAACUCACGCACAUUAAAUAUUGACUUGACCAUACUUUAUAAAUUUUUAAUGAACCUAAUCUUGAUAUUAUUAUCACGUAAACAACGACGCGAAUGAUGGAAGAUAAUAUUAUACUCACUAUUCUGCAUAAUUUCGAACAAAAGAAGUGUGUAAACAGAAAGAGUCAAUCAAAGAAAAAUGAAGUUGUAUUUCGAAAAAAUAAAGCGAGCAAUAAUGCCAAUUUUAAUCGUAAAUUGGUUAAUAGGUUUAGGGCCAGUUCAAUAUCCGAUUGGUAAUUCUCGAGGACAAUUUAGUUUCAUUUUUGUCCUCUUAAUUGCUUCUUGUUAUUUAUUUGUCAGUUAUACGGAACUUUUAGGCUCAUGUAGCGAUACAAAUGUACAUAGUUUUGACUAUCUUGUCUUCUCAGUGAAUAGAUAUUUAAACACUUUUACGGCUAUUACUUCAUUGAUUAUUGGAUGGUUGAAUCGAAAAGUGCGUUUUCUAAUAAAUGUUUUCGCCUCAUA